CACCUCCCUACAAGCGUCAUACUGGAACGUGUGCUGGAUCGGAAGGAGGAAAAAACGGAGAUGGUCGAUGAUUCGUCUUGUGAGGAGCUAAUGCUCCGCUCGGACUCUGUGUCCUGGCCGCAGGGACGCACUAGGGAUCUGAACAAGGGCAGCUACGGAGCCGUGUACCCGGUGAAAGUCCACGGGUUCACCUGCAUUGCCAAACGACUACACGACGUUCUACAAGAUGCCGGUCCUGCUGACGAAGGCGUGGUAACAGUCUCGGAGAAGUUCAUGCAGGAGUGUAAGAUCCUGAGCACCCUCCACCACCCCAACAUCGUCCAGUUCAUGGGCAUCCACAGAGCCAAGGACUCUGCACACCCGCGUGACGUCUCCCUCAUCAUGGAGGGCCUCUACAUAGACCUCGAGCAGUUCUUGGAGAACCACAACCAGGCCAAAGACACUGUUCCUCUGUUUCUAAAACUGAGCUUCCUCCUGGACACCAGUCACGCUCUAGUCUACCUGCACAUGCACCGCCCGCCCAUCAUCCACAGGGACGUCAAGGCAGCAAACGUUCUGCUUGCCCGAGACAUGCAUGCCAAGCUCGCAGAUCUCGGAACCUCGAAGCUAUUGGCGUUUAACCCACUCUCCAGUACAAAGUUGACCAACUGUCCUGGAACACUUGGCAUCAUGCCACCAGAGGCCCUUCAGCCUAGCCCAGCCUACAACACAAAACUCGACGUGUUUUCCUACGGGACACUUAUCCUCCACACACUCAACCAAGAGUUCCCCUUGCCCUGCGAGGUGGGCAAGGCCAGAAGGAGAGGGGAGUUCCAGAUUACCAAACGACAAGCUGCGAUGGACAUGCUAAGCAGCAAGCACCGUCAGCUACACGAGAUGACCAGAAAAUGUCUUCAGGAUAAUCCAGAAAAGAGGCCAGAUAUGAAGUAUGUGAGGGAUGAACUGGACAGACUGAGCCUACAGCAUCCCUGCAACUUCACCACCUUCUACGAUAUGUACAGGGAAACAGAGAAGUUGAAAAGGGAACUCAAGGCCGUUGAGCUGUGGUCAUCCAGGAUGCAGCGACUGCAAACGGAAAACGGUCUCCUUCAAGCUGAGAUCAAGCAGACCGGGGAUGAAUUGCGAUUGGCUGAGACUCAGGCGGCAGUGUUUAAGGAUGACUUUGAUUCGGAGAGGAGGGACAGGGAGAGAGCUGCAGGGGAGUAUGACAGCGACAAACGCAGACUGGAGGCCGAAAAGGAGGAACUCCGAAAAGAACUGCAGUUUGAGAAGGCAACCAGAAUCAGACUUCAGAAUGAAAUCCAGCAAAUGAGAGAGCGAGACAGAGAGAGACCGAAAAGCCGGUCAGCCAAGACAACAAUGGGCUCAAGAUCAGCCACAUUGCCAACCAGGAAGAGGACAGUCUCAGAGGGAAGUAGGGCUCCAGGUACCGGCUGGGGAAGAUCUGCUGCAGAGUCUUAGAUUCAAUACUGGAGAGCACAGCAUUGGAGGUCAGAGGUGCAAUCAGCGCUACGAGUGGUACCAGACUCCGUCUGAGGUGGUUCUGCACGUCAUGAUACCCAACGUGAAGGAGAAUGACGUCUUAGUGGAGUUUACUGACAAAAAGGUGAAGGUAUUCAUUGAAACUGGAGCAUCUCCCUACAGACUCUCCCUCCACACCAGUCACGACAUCCUGCCAGACAAAUGUCUCAUGAAAUGCCUCAAAACAAAGGUGGAGCUGAGGAUGAAAAAAGCAGAAGGACUCCAGUGGACAGCACUUGAUAAAAGAGGUGCACCUCCUAAAGUUGACGAUUCGUAUUUUCAAAGAUGGGAUUCAAUUUCUGAAGAAGACGAAGAAGAACAGCCAAUCUAAGUAGAAUAGCCCAAUCAUACAGAUUUUUGUAAACUGGAUAUUUGCGCAUGCGUGUUUUGCAACCAGCGUGCAGACUUUGACCUCAGCAUGGUGGAGGAAGGGGAGAGCGAACCGCCAGGGAAACGGCGGAAACUGAAGCUCUCACUGUCCCGAUCCAGGCCUAUUGCUGCCACAGCUUGUCAUGAUAGAACACUGCGCGACGCAGGGCUCGGCCUCCUGCAGCAACUGAAGACAUCGUCUCGGGGACGACGGCGACGGGCAGAGGGGAGGUAGAUACGGAUAGCGCCGACUGGAAGAAGAGGGGGAGAGGGGAGAAUGGUACCGAGAGAACGAAAGUGAAGGUUUAUAACGACGUAAAGAAGACGACUGGGAGGGAGAGCGACGAUGAGGCGUAUUUCUCUGCAAACUUCAGGGCCAUGUGCUGCAGUGUCCUUUCCGAGGACUGUCCAGAGAGACAUGUUUUUUACUGAGGACGAGAGAUUUGCAGUUGAACGCUUUAUGAGUCUGUCUGGUUGUGAGAAGCAGCUGUACGUGAGGCUGUUUCUGAGGAAGCGUCAGUGGCUGAGAGUGGAGAAACUCAAGUACGACAGUAUAUCUGAGGACCUUGGAUCUGCAUGCACUAGUGGCAGCCAGAGAAGGCGGAGAUGAGAUACUUGCUUUGGUCAGGAGAACUAGAGACGCCUUUCAACACCAAAUAGCCGG